CGACAGGAGCGCAUGGCGAGCGAAGUGUCCGCAGAGGCUGCGCGAGCUGGGAACUGCUUUCGAUUGUUGGCGGGCGCCGCCAUCUUGGUCAGUGAGCUUGCGAGUGGCUGUACGUCGAGGCUGUACGUAUUUCGGUGAAACGAGGAUUUCGUGCGAUUUCGCUGUAACCUUUCGUCCGCCCGUGAAAUCUACAAGCAUCCAAGAUGUCGGAACGGGAGGACAACGUUUAUAAAGCGAAACUGGCGGAGCAGGCGGAGCGUUACGACGAGAUGGUUGAGGCGAUGAAGAAGGUCGCUUCGCUGGACCUGGAGUUGACCGUUGAGGAAAGGAACCUUCUUUCUGUCGCCUACAAAAACGUAAUCGGGGCGAGGAGAGCCUCCUGGAGAAUAAUCUCCAGCAUCGAACAAAAGGAGGAGAACAAGGGCGCCGAGGGCAAGCUCGAGAUGAUUCGCCAGUACCGGUCCCAGGUAGAGAAAGAACUCAAAGACAUCUGUGCCGACAUCCUCGGUGUCCUGGAUAAACAUCUGAUUCCGUGUGCGUCUACUGGCGAAUCGAAAGUCUUCUAUUAUAAAAUGAAGGGUGACUACCACCGUUACCUGGCCGAGUUCGCUAUUGGAAACGAUAGGAAGGAAGCAGCAGAGAAUUCUCUGGUAGCUUACAAAGCGGCCAGCGACACUGCGAUGACGGACUUACCACCGACUCAUCCUAUUCGUUUAGGAUUGGCGCUAAACUUCUCCGUGUUCUAUUAUGAGAUAUUGAAUUGUCCGGACAGAGCGUGCCGCUUGGCGAAGGCAGCCUUUGACGACGCGAUCGCGGAAUUAGAUACCUUAUCCGAGGAUAGUUACAAGGAUUCAACCCUCAUCAUGCAACUCCUCAGGGACAAUUUGACUCUGUGGACGUCAGAUAUGCAAGGAGAUGGGGAGGGUGAACAAAAGGAGCAGUUGCAAGAAGUGGAAGAUCAGGACGUAUCGUAACUCUAACUGUAGUGAGUGUUAUAUUGCGUAUAUAAAACUGAAACACAGAACGAAAACAAAAAAACUUUUAUUAACUCGUAAGCAAAAGAAAACAACUCGGCAGGUGGCAGUUCGGGGUGGGAAGGGGAGAUCUUAAGCGAUUGCGUGACCCUAAAAAAACACGCACGUACGUUUAUUCCAAAAAACCAAACAAAGAAAAAAUCAUUCGAUAAUAACACGCAUUAAAUUACGGAGCACGCAGAAAGUAACCAAGCAAAGGACACGCACCUUGCGGUAAAUAGAGAGAGACUGCAAACAAAAUGCAUUUAGAGAGGCACUUUUCUUUGCCUUCUUCGCGUAUCAAGAAGAAUAACAAAAAAAAUGCUGUCUUUACACUUGUGCAUGCCUGGCCAAACAGAAAUAGAAAAAAAAGAAAAAGAAUUACGUGGACGAUGUCGAGACCGUGUUAAGUGGACGCCGACUGACGGGGCGUACGUAUGUCACCCAUAGUAAUAAAAUGAUAAAAUGAA